CACGGUUAUCCGAGCAAUUUUUGGAUUUUGAAACGAUAUCGAUACACCGUGCAACGACGUUAUAUAGGUAUCGUUUGGUUUUUUUUUUCUUUAUCGGCUCCCAAAAAGGUCGAUUCGCAUUUUCUUGUGAAAAGAAAAUUUUUGCGGUUGAUCGAAAUCGCACCACUUGGAAAACAAAAAUGAAAAAACGAAAAUAGUUUCGAUGUAACAUUUUGUGUACCCACCUAUUGGGAGAAACCCUCUAAAACCGUACACAUGCGUAUGCUUGUACACCUGUGUAGGUAUAUAAAUUUUACCUGGAAGAGAUUUUGAAAUUUGUUCUCUCCGGGCAACGUGAUUCGUUGCGCACGAUGAAGAUACGACAGCAGGGGGUGUAUCGUUCGAACGCAGGGGAUAUAAAAUACACGUAACACUUGAGAUUAAUAUUAAAAUUGGUGAUGAUUUUUCGAUGAUUGCAGAUCAAUGUAAGUGCGCGGGUAAGCCUCGUGUGCAGUGUGCGUGCGUGCACCAUUUAUAUAUAAAACGGAAACGGGAUCGGAGUCUGCAGAUAUAGUGAGCCGCAUUUACUGUGCGGCGGAGAACUGGAGAACGGAAAAUGGAGGCGACGGGGCUGCGCGUCACAUCCGCCCUUAUUUUGUGUGUUUUCUUUAAACCGUCCUUGGGGCAGGCUAGGAACGGUCCGAAUUAUUACGGCCGAUUGAUAGGACCUCUGAAGGAAUACAGCCACGGGAUCGAAGGGACGGUUUACGCCGUCGACGACACUACGAUAUUCAUCAAAGGUUUCAGCUACGACGGAACCGGUCCCGCCGCUUAUUUCUGGGUCGGCAACACGUCGAGACCGAAUCCCGAGGGAUACAUCGUCCCGUAUCCCGAAGACUACAACGAGAGAGACCCGCCAGCCCUAAAAGCGUACAACAACACGGAUGUGAUCCUGAGGUUACCCCAGGGACACCGAAUAAGGAAUAUCAAAUGGCUCAGCAUUUGGUGUCAAAGAUUCACGGUCGAUUUCGGAGACGUUUUCGUACCGGCGUAUCUGGACGUGCCGAAGCCUCGGGUGUUGCCGGAAUUUUCUCGUUUCGCUCACGGUCUGCGUAGCGGGAAUAUCAGCAUUUUGGACAGCAAAACUCUGUACAUUCCGAAUCUUCAUUACGACGGGGCUGGACCCGACGCUUAUUUCUGGGUAGGAAAUGGUUCCGAUCCAAACACUCUGGGUAUCAAAGUACCAAACGAAGUGGGAAGUCUGGAUCCUUUGCGCGGUUACCAAGGUGAGGAUAUCGAGAUUGUGUUGCCCGGAAAUCUGACGGUGUACGACAUCGAAUGGUUGUCCGUAUGGUGUGUGCAAUAUCGUCAAAAUUUCGGACACGUUCAUAUACCAAAAUAUCUCGACGUACCGCCGGCUCUUGGACAAACGAAAAUUACCCCGCCAUGGUGGUACAAUCCUACGAGCAGCACGAGGCCGCCUCCGAAAUCGACGUUGACGAAUUGUAGGGAAAUUUUGAACGACCGAAUCCAAGUCCAAUGGGAAGUUGUAGAGGAUAACAUUCAGAUAAGAUUAACAGCUCGUAUACCCGAUGACCAGUACGUUGCUUUCGGAUUGUCGGGACGUCAGGGAAAAGCGGAAAUGAUCGGCGGCGACGUCGCCGUCGUCUGGUAUAAUCAGAAGACAAAAAAAUUCCACGCCGACGAUUACUACAUGUCCGAUUUAGCCCAAUGCGACGGAAGCAGGGGUGUCUGUCCCGACGAGAGGGUCGGUGGUAAAAACGACGUUCUUCUUUUGCACGGGGAGAGAAAAAACGGCAUCACUUCCGUGAAAUAUAUGCGCCCAUUGAGCACGAAUGAGCCCGUAAUGGACCAGAUGAUUCCCGAUACCGAAGUGAGCGUGAUAGCGGCGAUCGGACCCUUAAAUUCUCGAGGAGAGGCGAACGCGCACGGAAGUUUCGACAAGACCACCGAAGAUAUACAGAUCGAUUUCACCUCCAGAAACGAUCAUCAGUGCAAAUAUUCUCUCUACAAUAUUCCGGGGCCUUCGAAACUGAAACCUUGGCCUCCGGCUGAAAUUUCGGGAGAGAAUAUGCUGAGCGCAAGAAUCGGUCCCACCGGAGGACUCAGGGGAUACACAGCGAUUACAGGUCAACCUUCGUGGGGGAUCGCGUGGUACAUCAACGAUCUUUUGAUCCCCGAAAUUUACGUCGAAAGAGGUCAGACGUACACUUUUACCGUUGAGGGGGGUAUGGAUUCCACUAAUCCAGCAAGGUACCACCCCUUUUACAUAACGGACGAUCCCGAGGGUGGUUACGGUCAAAGAAGUUCCUCGGAACAAGAGAAGCAGAGAAUUUUCGCUGGUGUUAAAAUGGACGAGGAUGGUUAUCCUUAUCCAACAGCUGCUGGACGCUACUGCGAAUGGGUUCAUAAAACGAUCGACAUGAGUGACGAUUCCGAAACAUUUGAAAGUUUUUUCGAAACGCUAAGACUCGAAUGCCAGGAGGGCGAAUCGGCAACGCUUACGUGGACGGUACCGAAAGACGCCCCGGACUUGUUGUACUAUCAGUGUUAUACUCACAUCAAUUUAGGAUGGAAAAUACAUGUUGUAGAUCCUGGUUUCAAACUACAAAAAAAUGACAAAGGGGAUGCCGACAUUGUAAAAGCGUUGAACGCUGUAAUGUUGACUAUAACAAGUUUUUUAUCACUUUUAAGAUGAAUUUAAACGAAAGAGAGAAAUCACGACAAUAAUAUAUAUGCAUAUAAUUAUGUUAUAAAUAUAAAACACUAAAAGAAAAAGAGAAAUAAUAACGUAAAAAUACAAAUAAGAAUAAAAAAAAGAAAAACGGUGAAAAGUAACAAACUAAUAAUGAAAGUCUUAGCGGUGCUUGGGGGUUGAAAAGUAUGGUUGUAAAUUAACGAUAUGAUAAAGAUAACAACUACAAUGACAAAAAUAAUAGUUAUAAAGUUAAAAAUGAUUAUACACAAGGUUGUACGAAAGUAACUCAGCUGAUACAGUAGGUAAAUAGAAGAGUAAAAACUUAGCGGAAUAUUUUUAAGAUAACAUAUAACAUAGAAUAUUCUACAUAGGGUGCAGACAAUAACGGUUUGAAUAACUAAAGAAAUAUGUAUUUACAAAUAAACUAAAAGAAGAGAAACGAUAAGCGUUGAACAAAUAAUACGAUACACGAAGAAUUAACUUUCGACAAUAAUAACAAUUCGAUGUAUUAUACCUUCAUGAAUUAAGAAAUAAGAAAGAAAGCAAGUAAACGAAGAAAUAAACUAAAGUAAAAAUUAAAAAUUGACAAUACGACAGAGCAUAUAUAAGUCUUCAAUUAUAAUAAUAAUUAGUAUAUUUCAAUUUAAAACUGGAAGGGUGAGAAAUAAUGAAACAAAAUGACGGAUGAUAGAUAUUAUGCCUUUGUACGUACUACUCAGCGGAAUUAAAGGGUCGCCCCGAAAAGGUCCAGCCCUCUCGGGUCGAUCCUUCAAUUUUCUUGAGUAUUAUAACAAUACGUAUGUAUUGAGCGAACCGAAUGUAAAUUUUGCACAAAGCUAUGAUAAACUAACGAUAAUAAUAACAAUAAUUAUAAUCAUACCAAUAAUUAUGGUAAUAAUGAUUAUAAUUGUACUAAUGUAAAGGUACUAAUUGUAAUAUUGAUAAUGAUAAUUAAUUAGUUGAAUUCACGUAGGUAUAUAUAUAUAAAAAAAAAAGAUCAUCACAUUACAUGAUAAAAAACUAACAAAAUAAAUGAAUCUGUCACGUAAUAAAAAUUAAGUGAUAAUGCUGUCUAUUUGACAAUAAUUUAUUAUAUAAGAGAAAAAAUUCAAAGUAGUAGCUAUAAAAGUAAUAGUAUUAAGUAAAAAGAAUAAAAAAAAGCAACAAAAAAACAUAAAAAAAAAAGAAUUUAAAAAAUUUAAAAAAAAAGUACACGUACACACACAAGAAAAAUAUCAUUAAUUAUGUACAUAAACAAAACAAAAAUGGUAACUAGGAGCUUUUACAUCACAGUUCUCCAAAUUCAAUUCACCUAUUUAAAAUUUCCAAUUUUUCUUUCAUCGUCCUGAAAAUUAAUCUGUCUAAUACAAAGUAGAAUAUGGAUGUAUAAAGCAGUACAUAUAUUCAAGAACAAAAUUGAUUUUGAUGAAAAAAUCAAUUAGAUUUUUUUGUACGACCAUUUUUUUUAUUUUCUUUCUCUUAAAUAAUUACUACAGCUUGACUGACAAUGAGUUGGCGAAUUGGGUAAUGAAAAAAAGCUCCUAGCUCUUCGGUACGAAGAUAGAUAACCUCGUGAAUAAAAAUGAAGAGAAAAUUAUGGAAAAUGAAAAGAAUUGCAGAAAAUUACUGACAUACGAUAUACAUAAUAUGAUAUGAAUAUUAUGUUACGUAUGUAUUAUAUGGUGGACCUUCCUAAAACGGAGUGAAAGUAAAAAAUGUGCCUUUGGUGCAUAAUAUAUAUAAUUGAAUAUGUAUAUAUACAUGAUAUACAUGAAUAAAUGUAUAAAAUAAACUCAAAUUGGAAUACGUAAAUGAUGAAUUUUUGAAAAAACAAUUAAAAUUAUACCCGAAAAUAAGUGUAGAAACUGGUUACCUAAAUUGCGAAUGAUUUUUUCUGUACAAAUAAUUUUCCAAUGGAACGUCGAUGAAAAUCUACAAAAAGUGAGAAGAUAGGUAUUCAAUAUCGCCAGAUUGAUGAAUCGACGUUCUUUUCGCUUUCAUUCUCUUUCAUUUUUCAAUUAUAUAUUUAUGAAUUUCAACAAGUGUGUAAUAUUGAUACAAUAAUGUAUCAUUGAGUAUAAACGAUGGCGAGAAAAUAAAAAAUCGCUAGUGUGAGAGAAGAAUAGUUCUUCUAUUCUUUACGUUUUUCUUUCCUUUUUUUUUAAUGUAUAAUUGUGCGAUUGCAGGUAUGAUGAUGAUUUAUUCGGUGGCUAAUGAAAAACGCAACCAAGAAAUCAAUAAAAUACAUAAUCAUCUUAGAACAUAGGUAAUAAUAUAAAUAAUAUAUGAUAAUAUGAUAGAGAUAUUACUACGCUUCGUUGGAAUGCAUAUAAUUGUGCCAGUUUCUACGCUAGUACAGGGUGAGAUUUCAAAAUUUUUUUGAACAAAAUUGAAACAGCACAAAAACUUAAAAGAACAAAAAAAAAACAAACAAACAAACAAAUGAAAGAAAAAUAAAUAAUGAAUAAAUAAAUUAUAUAUAUGUAUACAGCUGUAUAUUAAAUAAAGACCAGAUUGUAAAUUAUUUAUAUUAAAGAAAAAAUAAUAAUAUUAUUAAUAAUUACGGUAUUUCAAAUACACAUAUAUCGAAGUGAAUUUAGAAAAAAGAGAAUGUGCAGCGCUAUAUUACAGUAUAAGUUAGUGGUUAAUUACUUGGAAUGAAUUUUCAACCGUUAAGUACAUUACUAUAAUGAUAAUAACGAGAAAAAUAAUAACAAUAAAUAUACGAGGAUGAAUAUGAAAGACAAUAAAAGAAAAAUAUGUAUACUUCCUUAGGAAAUAUAUAAAUCGGAAAUUUCAAGACAAUAUCAUACACAUACUAUAUAUAAUAGUAAUCGAUGAUGCGGCAACUUGAGACAAUAAUUUUUGAGCCAAGCACGUAUUCGAUAUAAACGUAUAACAUUUUAAUUUAUCUUUUUUUCUUCUGCGACAAUAUAUAUAAAUAGGUAUACAAGUAUAUUAUUUAUAAUGUGUACGAAUUGAAAAACACAGAGAAAAAUUAAUAAUAUAGAUAAACACAAUAGCUCUUAAGCGGAUCGAACUCCUACGUCUGUGAGCAUGACAAUAAUAAAAAAUCAAUUCUCGGGCUUAUAUAAAUUGGCUGCCGUUAAAAAUGACUUAUAUGACAAAUUAUACUCACACAUAAAAAUAUGAUAACGCAAAGACGUAUGAUACAGAAUUAGAAAAAGCAGACAUGACGUUUAAAACUACAUGCAAUUAGGUCUCUUACUCGUAUCCGGUGUGCAAGAAAUCUAGAUUCCCAAUUCAUGAGUUUAAGUGUAUAAUAGGCUGUUUCCUCCCUCUUUCCCGUCAGUCGUUUUUUUUUUUUUUCUUUUUCUUACGGCAGCCAGAUAAUGUCCGGAUUUGUUAAUACGUAAGAUAAAAAAAUAAAAAAUUAGCUUUGUAAAAAAAAUAUUACGAUACGUCGAUAUCAAAACGAAUGAAUGAUCGGAUGAAUGAGCAAAGAAGCGGGUCAUGAGGAAUUGUGUUUCGUAUGGCGAUUUUUUUUCUUCCAAAAUCGUGUAUACUGCAAUCGUUUGAAAGAGUGAUG